UGCGUUCAUAUCCUUGUUUGUAAACUUCCUGGUGGAGCUAACGGCGCUAGCAACAACUUGUCGAUUUCGGGCAGCGAUCAUGAUGGCGUCUAGUUACAACGCCAAAGACGAAGAUGGACAUAUAACCGUGUCCGGGCCCGGCGGCGGGACUCUGCGCAGCAAGAAGCCCGAGAACACUGCGUUUAAACAGCAGAGAUUACCCGCUUGGCAGCCCAUCCUCACCGCGGGCACCGUGCUCCCUGCCUUCUUCAUCAUCGGACUCCUCUUCAUCCCCAUCGGCAUCGGCCUGUUCGUAACGUCCAACAACAUCAAGGAGUUUGAGGUGGAUUACACAGGCAUCGACAUGUCCAGUCCCUGUUUCAACUGCUCCCAGAACUUCAGCUGGAACAGCACGAGGCCUUGUACCUGCACCAUACCUUUCUACCUGGACCAGCCAUAUGAGAGCAACGUCUACGUGUAUUACGGCCUCUCCAACUUCUACCAAAACCACCGACGCUACGUCAAGUCGAGAGACGACAGCCAGCUGAAUGGAGACGUGAACUCCCUCAUGAGUCCCAGUAAGGAGUGUGAGCCAUACGCUUUUCAUGAAAACAAGCCAAUUGCUCCGUGUGGGGCCAUCGCCAACAGCAUGUUCAACGACACAUUGGAGCUGUUUUACAACGACCCCAACGGCACAAGGAUCCCGAUUCCUCUGAACACCACGGGCAUCGCCUGGUGGACCGACAAGCAUGUGAAGUUCGGAAACCCCGGAGGCAACCCCAACCUCACGGCCGCUUUUCAAGGUACCACGAAGCCGUUGAACUGGCGCAGGCCUGUCUACGAGCUGGACGCUGACCCGGGGAACAACGGCUUCAUCAACGAGGACUUCAUCGUGUGGAUGAGAACCGCAGCCCUGCCGACCUUCCGCAAACUCUACCGCAUCAUCAACAAGAAGAGCAGCAUGGUUCCAACGCUGCCCCGAGGAAACUACACACUGGAGGUCGUCUACAAUUAUCCUGUCCGAAGCUUCGAGGGCAGGAAGCGGGUGAUCCUGAGCACCAUCUCCUGGAUGGGGGGCAAGAACCCGUUCCUGGGCAUCGCGUACAUCACCGUGGGCUCGGUCUGCUUCUUCCUGGGCGUUGUCCUGCUCAUCGUCCACCACAAAUGCGGCAACCGAAACAACAGCGCCGACAUUUCCAACUGAGGCGGCGGCCGGCGCCCUCCAGCUCACCUCCUCCUCCUCCUCCUCCUGCUGCAGUGAGCACAUCCGUCAGGGUCAACUUUAUCGUCCAGAGGCACCGCUGGUAGAUACAUAAAAAAAAAAAA